GGCACCUUUGCCGCACGGUUCCGUCAGUCUUCGAUCUACGGGCAAGUCAGUCGCCUGGUCUGGACUCUUCUGGCCCUCCUAGUCCAACGAAGCCGACGACGAGUCCAUCCAGCUACCAUCAUGCGUGACCAGAGCCAGGAGCCCUGCUGUCUGCCGCUGAAGGAGGAGUUCCAGCGCUCCAAGUUCUCGUUGCACCACGAUGAUCCUGGCGCCUUCUGUCGAUCGCAAUGGCAGAAGGGGGAUCGCAGCGUGAUCUGGCUGCUCUACCGAUGGAUCCUGGCCGGUUUCUUCGCCGGCGGCGUCAUUGGCAGCAUGGUGAAGGCCUUCAACGGCGGACGAUGGUUCAUCUACCUCACGGAUUGGGGAUUCUCCCUGUGCUUCUUUUGCUGCACCUAUGGCGCCGUAAUCGCCACAAUUUACUUCAUAAAGCCCUCGUAUUUUGCUCCUGGCAGCCGGACUUUGAAGAUGUACUGGAUUUCCCACUACACAACUGUGGUGCUGGCUAUGCUGAUCACAUUGGUCUUCUGGGCUGCUCUCUAUCCAUCUAUGCCGGAAAUGGGAGCAGGGCUGUACAGCCUGUGGGCGCACGCAUUCAACUCGGUUUGCAUGAUCUUCGACUGCUUCAUGGUCGCAUUUCCCACCCGCAUCAUGCACUUCGUAUAUCCCCUAAUCGCUGGCCUAACCUAUGGUCUAUUCUCAUUGAUUUACUUCUGGUCUGGUGGUGUGGAUCGAAUGGGAAAUCGUUUCAUCUACUUCAUCUUGGAUUGGGAGCAACCUGGCCUGGCCAUCGGAUCCAUUUGUGGCUGUGUGGUUCUGGCCUUUUGCUUCUGUGUGUUGAUCUUCGGAUUGUACAGAUUGCGUAUCUCAAUGCACAAGUACUGUUGCAGAGAACCUGAGGAAAUUCCAGCUACCUCUGCUCCUCCUAAGGAGCCACGUCAAACUGUUUGAUCAAAAUUCCUUAGUUUUCAAGGGAUUCCAAAAAAAGUAGAUAGUGGAUUGCAUAUAUGCUUGGAAGCUUCAGACAGUCCAUUAAUAGCACCGAUAUAACCACCUAAUCCAGACAAGUUAUGUUUUUUUUGUAAUAAGUUAACUAAUUACGAGACUCGAGUUAGUUAUUAUUAAAACUAUUAUUGUUUAACGCCCUAUUAAAAAUGUUGUACAAUUCAUAUU